GCUAAACAGCAUUAUUUUUGCAGGGACACCAAGAAGUUCUCUCCCAUUGACCCAGAUCAUUGAUCAAGCUUGUCAAGAGGCAGAAGCUUAUAAGGAUGCUGGAGUCGACGGCUUGAUAGUAGAAAACAUGCAUGAUGUUCCUUACACGGUGUGUCCGGGGCCCGAAGUGACUGCAGCGAUGACAGCCGUUAGCGCCGCGGUGAGACGAACCUGUCCCAGUCUCGCGCUGGGUGUCCAGAUCCUGUGUGCUGCAAAUCGACAGGCCAUAGCGGUGGCUCUUGCUGCAGGUCUUGAUUUUAUCCGGGCUGAAGGGUUUGUGUUCUCUCAUGUUGCUGAUGAAGGGAUUAUAAAUGCCUGUGCAGGUAACCUGCUACGAUACAGAAAACAAGUUGGAGCAGAGAACAUUCAGAUUUUCGCUGAUAUUAAAAAGAAACAUAGUGCUCACGCUCUGACGGCAGAUGUCAGCGUGGCCGAGACCGCGUCAGCUGCCGAGCUCUUCCUGGCUGAUGGGGUUGUACUGACUGGCACGGCUACCGGAUUGCCCGCGAAUCCUCAGGAGCUGAAAG